GUCAGCCAGUCAUCAGUCAUUGUCCAUCCACACCACACCGCACCCGGCCUGCCUGCCUGCCUUGAUCCACUGACUGACUGACGUACAUGACACACCCACCCACCCAGAUGCGAUCGAUGCAUGGAGUACGCAAAGAAAUGAAUGGGGCUGCCUGCCGGCUGCAUUCCACGGUCUCUCUCAUCCACGGUCUGCGGGUCUGCCCAGGAGUUUGUACGUCAAGGGCGGCGAUUCCUUGGCACCCCAGAGGAGGAUCUGACAGACAGACAGGGACCACACACAGCCCACGUGUGUGUAUGUGACAGAAGCACGCGCACGUCUGUCUCUGUGUGUGGAUGGAAUAGUGUUGACAUACGAAGUGCUGCUUUUCGAAGCACAGAGGCUCGCCCUCCUUGUCCUUGGCCAUGGUCGAGGCUGCACACAGUAUGCACCACACAGACGACAAACAGCAGCCAGCACGGUUUACCGUGCCGUAUCGAUGCGCAGAACCAUGUAUGUAUACACAAUAUGUAAUAGCAUAUGCACGCACGUUCGCAGGCCUCUGUCGCGGAUGGGCUGGUAGUGGCUGAUCGGCAGUUCCCUAUGCCAUAAGCCGAGGGGCCGUGUUUUGCAUCCACGAAUCCGAAUUCGAGAACUAAGGCAGGCAGGAAAUGAGUACAAUCAAUCAAUCAAUCCCUAUGGGCGUGCGCGUGCGCAUACCGCAUGUGUGUUUGUCUGGACACCCCUCGACGUCUCCGUACUGUUUCGUGACGUCGACAUCCCACUCUCUGGUGGUUUUGUCUGUCGUUUUGGGCUGGCAUCACAAGUGCAUACGUUAUCCAUCAAUUGCAUGCUGCAUGUCUCUCACUUACCGAGCCCAGUAUCCAGCGCAUCACGCAAGGCGUGGGUUUUCCAGCACCUUGGGCGACAAGGGGUCUGCCUCCGUGGGGAUGGAUGAAGCUGCCGCCGCCCACCGCACGCCCGGCGGCCAGACAGAAGAGGAGCGAUGCCAGGAAAACACCGGCCAUCUCUUUUGCUCUACUUUGGCUCGCGCAAUUAACGCACGUCUCUCUUUCUGUCCAGUGCAGACCGCUUCCUGCUUCGCUCAGGCACGGGAUAUCGAUUAGAAGAAUCGGAAUACGGAAGAAUUGGGAUGUCAGGACGAGACGCCAAGUGGGGGUCGGGUCGCCCCCUCAUGCAUGCUUGCAUGCCAACUC